CCUGGCCCGGAGCCGGGCUGCUGCUGCCGCCGCCGGAGCCAGCGGGGCGCUGGGGCUGGCUCUGCCCGUCACAAGCCCCGUCCGGGGCCGCCUCCCGCAGCCACAGCCCCGAGAGCGCGGAGCCGGGGGAGAGCCCGCGGCGUGAAGCCGGUUCAACAGCCCUGGGCCCCAGUCCGCUCUCCGGUGCUCGGGCUCCACAUUUACACGGGGGCAGCCAAGCUGGGCUGGGUCUGCGGGCGAGGUUCCCGUCUGCGGACUCAGGAGCUAUCCUGGUGUGAACCCAAUCAGUGCGAGUCCGCAGUCAGUCCCGAGGGCUCUGGCUCUUUCCGGGGUGGCUAAGGAAUCCGCUGGCCUGAAAUGUGUUUUAUUGUCUACAUCCACGUGGACUUGUCAUUGCUACCCCCAGCCCGGGGCGGCGGGGGGUAUGUGGGGGAGAGGGGGCUUUUGUCAUGACCGCAGACGAACUCAAGAUACACUUAGACAGCAGGAAUUAAAAAGCUCUUUCUCCAUGCAAGCAAAAAUGCCUCCUUGUGACUUUUCACCUGGAAAAUAUGAGUCCUAUCCCUAUGAGCGUAUGCUGAAGAUCCGCAAACAGAAUCUGUCUCCAUCACUGGUAACGUACUACAAGAAACCACUGCUGCUGCAUCAGGGACAUAUGCAGUGGCUAUUUGAUUAUGAGGGACGAAGGUACCUUGAUCUCUUUGCUGGAAUUGUUACUGUCAGUGUUGGUCACUGUCACCCGAAGAUAACUGCAGCUGCCCAAAAACAGCUUGGUCAUCUGUGGCAUACAACCAACAUCUACAUGCAUCCAUCAAUCCAGGAAUACGUGGAGAAACUAACAGCACUUCUCCCUGAUCCACUUAAGGUGGUUUACCUGACUAACAGUGGGUCAGAAGCCAAUGACUUGGCUAUGUUCAUGGCAAGGCUUUACACUCGUAACUUUGACCUCAUCUGUUUCAGAGGAGGAUACCAUGGAGGCAGUCCAUACGCACUGGGUUUGACGUCCAUUGGAUCUUAUAAGCAUGGUGUCGCCAAUGGGUUUGGCUGCCAAACAACAAUGUUACCAGAUGUUUUUCGUGGUCCAUGGGGAGGAAGCUAUUGCCGAGAUUCUCUGGUGCAAACUAUUCGGAAAUGCAGCUGUUCUCAAGGAUGUUGCGAAGCAAACGACCAGUACGUUGAACAGUUCAAAGACACUCUGAGUACUUGUGUUACAAAGGCAAUAGCUGGGUUUAUCGCUGAGCCAAUUCAAGGUGUUAAUGGAGCCGUUCAGUAUCCUAAAAGAUUUCUAAAGGAAGCUUUUCAGCUAGUGCGUGAAAGAGGAGGCAUCUGUAUUGCAGAUGAAGUCCAGACAGGCUUUGGACGAACUGGCAGCCAUUUCUGGGGAUUUCAAACACAUGGUGUAGUCCCUGACGUUGUUACCAUGGCAAAAGGAAUUGGUAAUGGUUUUCCAAUGGCAGCUGUCGUAACCACACCAGAGAUUGCAAAUUCCUUGGCUCAAAACCUUCAUUUUAACACAUUUGGAGGAAACCCUUUGGCCUGUGUAGUUGGAUCUGCAGUUCUUGAUGCUAUUGCAGAAGAUGGUCUACAAAAGAACAGUGAAGAAGUGGGGACUUACAUGCUACUGGAGUUUGCUAAACUGAGAGAUAAGUUUGAGAUCAUUGGAGAUGUCCGUGGCAAAGGCCUUAUGAUUGGGAUAGAAAUGGUGAAGAAUAAGGACAGUCGUCAACCUCUUCCAGCUGAAGAGAUGAGUCAGAUCUGGGAAGAUUGCAAAGACAUGGGAGUAUUGAUUGGCAGGGGUGGAAUUUAUAGUCAGACAUUUAGAGUUAAACCUCCAAUGUGCAUUACUAAACAAGAUGCAGCCUUUGCAGUGGAAGUAUUUCAUGCUGCAUUAAUGAGACACUUGGAAAGAACAGCUGCAAAAUAGACUAUGAACAAUGUUUCUCCUUACUAGGAUGUUUGGUAACAGUUGAGAAUCACCCUCCAAGCCCUGAAAUAUUGCUGUAACUACAGCUGGCAAGAAACUUAAAGUAUGAAGAGAAGAUUGAUGUAAUUUUCCUGAACAUGUAACUCUUAUGAGUUUAAAUAAUGUGAAAGAUUACUGUGACUCAGUUUGCUACACAUGCAAGAAGUCAGUUUUAUGGCAAUGUUGUGUUAAGAAAACAAUACCUAUUGUUAACACAAAUCAAACCUCAUUUUUUAAAAUUAGGUAGUGCCUUCCAGCAAGUGACAGUGGCUGGUGUGCUCAGGCUGGCACUACAUGAAAAGGCAUGCUGAAGGAUACUGCCUUUACAAUUCUAUCAUAUCUGGGAUAGUUCUUUCUUUCUGCCUGGCUGUUUUGCUCUUAAUAGGUGGAAUUCUGGAUGUAGCUUCUACAGUGACAGAGGGAGUGCUCUGUGUAAUCUUGCUACAGUGACAUUUGCUUAUCCUAACCAAGACUGGAGGCAGCAUCACAGGACAAAAUACUUUGCUCCUGAAAAACACUUGGUGGAAAACUAUGCUACAGUUAGUCAUAAUAGGAAGUGAGGGGUAGGAGUGAAAUUCCUCCAGAGUGGAGGAUCUGCUGGAAGCUCUUCAAGCAGGGCCUCAGUGAAGGAAAGUUGUAUGAGUAAGCUGUAACAAGAGGAUGGAUUUUAUUUAGUAGUUUUAGAGGAAGAUACUUAAAUAAGGGUAUAAUCAUUCAUCAGUGGGUUCUAGUCUCCUGCCCACUCUCAACAGUGAUCUUUUCUCCUUUGACUGAUAGCCACUCACCACCUUGUGUCAGCAGCCAGGGAUGGUGUUCUCUUCCUCUCUCCUGUCAUCAGUAGAGAUCUCAUAUACCUUAGAUCUUUUUCCCCAUUCAAGAUAACUGCUGGAUUGUUUAAUCCUGUCUGACAAUUUAUACUUAAUUCAGUUUACAAAUGUGAGUUAAUUUCUUGGUCCAAUAAAAGGUAUGACACUG